UAGGGGGCGGGACCCCCGGUGGGCAGGUUGGAGUGAGGCGUAGGGAUGCAGCACCCCGGGCCCUUCAGCACCCUCUACGGGCGGGUCCUGGCCCCGCUGCCAGGGCGGGCCGGGGGCGCGGCCUCAGGUGGAGGCGGGAACCGUUGGGGCGUCCUAGGUUCCCACGUGCAGCCUCCUGGGUGUUCGCAGUCCGGUACCUGCGGAGGCACAGGCAGCAGAAGCGCCGGCGGCGGGAACGCCAGCGCCUGCUGUGUGAGUCCCCCCUCCACGAUGUCGAAGGCGGAGGAGGCCAAGAAGUUGGCGGGCCGCGCGGCCGUGGAGAACCAUGUGAAAGAUAACCAAGUGCUGGGAAUUGGAAGUGGUUCUACAAUUGUUCAUGCUGUGCAACGAAUUGCUGAAAGAGUAAAGCAAGAGAAUCUGAACCUGGUCUGUAUUCCGACUUCAUUCCAGGCCCGUCAGCUCAUCCUGCAGCAUGGCUUAACUCUUAGUGACUUGGACCGACACCCAGAGAUUGACCUCGCCAUCGAUGGUGCUGAUGAAGUAGAUGCUGAUCUGAAUCUUAUCAAGGGUGGUGGAGGCUGCCUGACCCAGGAGAAGAUUGUGGCUGGUUAUGCUAGUCGAUUCAUCGUGAUUGCUGAUUUCAGGAAAGACUCAAAGAACCUUGGUGAUCAAUGGCACAAGGGGAUCCCCAUUGAGGUCAUCCCAAUGGCUUAUGUCCCAGUGAGCCGAGCUGUCACUCAGAAGUUUGGGGGUGUGGUUGAACUUCGAAUGGCCAUCAACAAGGCAGGUCCUGUGGUGACAGAUAAUGGGAAUUUUAUCCUGGAUUGGAAGUUUGACCGGGUGCACAAAUGGAAUGAAGUAAACACAACCAUCAAAAUGAUCCCAGGCGUGGUGGACACAGGCCUGUUCAUCAACAUGGCUGAGAGAGUCUACUUUGGGAUGCAGGAUGGCUCAGUGAACAUGAGGGAGAAGCCUUUCUGUUAACUCUGCAGGAGCUGAGUCUAUUCACCUGAUUCCCCAGCCCACAUCGAGGCGGACAUGCUUCCCCGGAGCCUUUGCCUUAAUGUCUCUGUGCUGUGGACAGCUGGUGGUAGCGGGUACUGGGGGCUAAACCCAGUCUAAUGAAGUAUUGUUAUUAAAUGUCUUUUUAAAGAGAGAAAUAUAAACAUAUAUAUUUUUAUUAUUAAAAAUACUCAUUUUAUAAAGUAAAACUUGAUUUCUUAUUUUAUAUGAAACAUUUACCAGGAAAAAAAAAGGUAGACUAUCUUUUUAAACUUUUUAACUUGGGUCUGCUGGUUAAGCUUCUGACAGUUAAGUUUGCUGAGAAAUGUAAAUUGAAAUUUUUCUUUAAAUUGGUGAAAUGAAGGGCCCAGCCAGCAGUGAUUUCCUGAUGCCUUACUGGAAAUAUUAGGAUUUGUUAUACUUUUCUGCCGUACUCUGUUUUGUUUUUAACCUUCCUUGACAUCACAAUAUCUAGUUACAUUUUUUUUCAGAUGAGGUUUACAAAACUGGUGAGUGGAGCUGUAUGUAGGGAAUCAGGAUCAUUAACUGUCAGGAGGAAUGUGAUUGCUCUUCUACUAAGAUAAUGGGAGUUCAUUUGGAUCCCGGUUGUUGGAAGUGAUUGACCAGAAAUACUUGCCAGUACUGCCAAAGCACUUCUGUGAAAUGUGAUGCACUUCUCAGUGAUUUCUUUUUUGUCCUUGCUGUUUUGUCUGUUCUUUUGUGUGUUCCAUCUGCACAGUUGGGCAUCAGGAGUUGUCCCCUCUUUAUAUUGUUUGAGGAUUGAAAUAAAACAAUUUGGUGCCAUCGUGA